UGGUGUUCCGAGCGCAGGGAAGUUCACAGACGCAGGAAAUGGUGCUCCCUCCCAGCACUUCCAGCAUAAAAAUAAGAAAGCCGAAAUAAGCCAAAGAUGUACAUCUUUUGAGAGCUUGCAAAAACAGCAUGUGGUUAACGACUCUUCCUUUUACUGGUCCAAUUUAUGGUGGCCUCAAAGAUGGGAUGACAAUAUUGGUCUCCGGAACUGUUUUGAAGUCCUGCAGAAGAUUCCAGGUUGACUUUCAGUGUGGCAGUUGCCAAAUGCCCAGAUCGGAUGUCGCUUUCCAUUUCAACGUCCGUUUUGAUGAGAACUGCACUGUGUGCAAUUCACAUGAAAAAGGGGGCUGGCAGCAGGAAGAAAGGAAAUAUGACAUGGUCUUCCGCAAAGGCCAUCCUUUUGAGAUCCGAUUUCUUGUGAACAUCACCUCCUAUGUGGUUCUCGUAGACGGAAGGCAAUAUUUGGAAUUCAAGCACAGGAUCCCUCUUUCCCGGGUGGAUACCAUUGGAAUCUCAGGGGAACUGGAGGUGGUGUCCAUUAGCUUCCAAGGCCCUACGACCUAUCCAGUUUGCCCCCAUCCGAUUUUCCCAACCGUCUCACAGACAAAUGCUUAUCCUGUUGGGCAGUGCUUCCAGCCACAAACUUACCCUCUCCCUUACCGAGCUACCAUCUAUGGGGGACUUUUCCCAUCCAAAUCGAUAAUAAUCUCAGGUUCGGUGUCCCCUUCUGCCCACAGGUUCCACAUCAACCUGAAAGCGGGGAACGAUGUCGCUUUCCAUCUCAAUCCACGGUUCGAUGAGAAUGUAAUUGUUCGAAACUCUAACCUCAACAUGUGCUGGGGUUCAGAGGAACGGUACCUGCCCGUUGGGAUGCCUUUGUCGUGUGGCCAACCCUUUACCAUCUGGAUUCAGUGUGAAGCACACUGUUUCAAGGUGGCUGUGAACGGACAUCAUCAGUUUGAAUAUAACCAUCGCGUGCAUAACCUGCAUCAGAUAAAUCUGCUCGAGGUAGAAGGUGACGUGAUGUUGACCAACAUCCAGGCUUAAAGUGACCGGCAGAUGUGCCUGUUUGGAUGGCUGUGCAAUUGGUGUAAAAUGUUGAGCUUUACUACUUAAAUGCAAACAAACGCUUUUUUCAGACAUGGCAGCCAUUUCUUUAACCCUGUUGAGUGUAUGUGUAUGCAGGCUUGCUUCAUUCUUUAAGUAUAGACUCAUUCCUGUUUAACUAAUUGCAUAAUAAACUUUGUCCCUAAAUCCAUCUCUGGAACAGGGGGAGGUUAACAGCUGGUCACCCCAUCAGCCUGAACCAUUUGGCAUAGUGGUAUGUAGUGGAAAUACAACAGAGCAAAUAUUUGAGGGAUUUCCACAUAGAAGAGGGGUAGACUUCAUUGCCCCGCAAGACAGGACAGAAUCAGUGGGUUAAACCUACAAGGAAGGAGGUUCAGGUGAAAUGUCAGGAGAAACUUCCUGACUGUAUGCUGCAGCCGGUGGAACAGGCUGCCACAUGAAGUGGUGAAUUGUCCUUCGCUGGAGAUCUUCAGACAGAGGCUGGAUGGUCAUCUGUGAGAGAAGCUCUAGUGGAUCCUGCACUGAGCAGGGAGGAUAUCUAAGAUCCCGUCAGACUCAGGUGAUUUACAUUCAUCAUACAUUAGAUAAAUGGAAUUAUAGCAGUGUAAAGGAUUGCACCUCUCCUCUCUCCUCCUCUGUUUUAUUGCCUGAGCAUACCAGUUUAUAUGCCAGGAUGUCUGUGGAGGGAAGUGCCUUGAGAAUUUUUUUUUACCCUGAAGUUUUGUGUUGAGCACCUAAAGUCUUGGGGGCUGUCCUCCAGCUUGCUGAUAUUUUCUUCUUGUGCAUUGUUGGCUACCCAAAUAAUGGGUAGUCAUUAAUCUUAUCAAAGCAAGAAGGAUCCAGUUUUUGAAGGCUGCAACAUUUAUGCCAUGUUGUCAUAUACGCACUCUCUCAGUGCAACCCACCUUGCAGGGUUGUUGAUGUGGAGAAAAUUGUUUAUUUAAAAUGGGGAUCCUAUUCAAUUAGCAAAGUCUUUUGUAAUGCCAAAGGGGGGAAAAACCAACCAAGCUGAAUAUGUGUCUUUUAGGGAUGUUUUGAAAUCCCUGUUGAGAAACUUCUGAACUCUGCUUUACUUUUAAAGCCAAUGUUGUGGUUCAUGGAAAAUGUAUCUGCAUCAGAUUUUGUUAAUUCUGAUUUUCUACAGACGAAUACUUUCUAUAAACCUAAAUGUGAGUAUUUAAGAACUAUAUAAGUGAUCAGAUUUCUUUUCUUGCAGUCUAAUUCUGUGAAUAAACUAGCUUCAUUCAUA